AAUCUAGGAUCGGUUCGAGCUGGUCCAGUUUGCUGUCAAAUCAGCCGGCAAUUGUCACUCUUUGUCGUAUUGUACGAAUGUGAUCGCGACGACUCACAUAAUUGUAAUUUAAAAAAUCUUUUUUUUUCAUGGAUGUUUAUCACGUGCAGGAAACAACACUAAAGAAAUCUUCUUACAUAAAUUAAUAAAUUCAUAAGCUUUGGACAGGCACUGAAAUUAACAUGUAAUUAUCCACAAGAACAAAUUAUUAUCUUCUCUAUAAAUAACCAAUCAGCAAUCUCCGGUUCUGAUCAUACAACAUAGACUUCGUAACCGGUAGAAAUAAUGGCAAGAACUAUGAGAGCAGUGAGUUCAUUCAUGGAGAUGGAUAAAUAUUUUUCUUUCCCCACUUUAUCAACUUCUGGUCAUAUUAGCCAUUUUGCUGAUUUUCUCUUCUUGGGUAAAAAGAAGAGAAGUCAGAAAAUGAUGAGAAAACUGAGAACUACAACUGUGGCUUCACUUAUUUUUUACAAUCCCGUUGUAGAAACAGUAGCAGAGAAGUCUGUGAAGCUCAAGAUCCUAGCAGAGAUGACUCUGAGGAAUCCUGAAAUUGAUUAUUGGGAGAAAAUGCUUCGUUUCUUAGAUAACACUGACUCUAGCCUCAAGGGUCUUGUCUUCCAGCUCGUUAGCACCCACAUAGAUCCAAGGACAAUGAAAGCAAACUUAAGCAACGAAGCUACGUUGGAAUUGCCGAAAAUCAAUAAAACUGAAGGCAAACAAGUUUUUUACAAAUUAGAAUUUCAGGUUGAUUCAAACUUCGGAGUACCAGGAGCUAUCACAGUGAUUAAUAAAUAUCAGAAGGAGCUGUUCUUGGAAAGUGUCACCAUUGAAGGAGUUGUACAGUUUGCUUGUGAUUCCUGGGUUCAACCAGACAAGAUUCAUCCUGAGAAAAGAAUCUUUUUCUCCAACAAGCAGGUUUAUUUACCUUGUCAAACACCAUUAGGGCUAAAAGAUUUGAGAGACAUGGAACUUGAGCAAUUAAGAGGGGAUGGAAAAGGAGUAAGGAAAUUAUCAGAUAGAAUAUAUGAUUAUGAUGUAUACAAUGACUUAGGGAAUCCUGACAAAGGAGUUGAAUAUUCUAGACCAACUUUAGGAGGUGAGAAUUGCCCAUACCCAAGACGGUGUCGUACUGGACGUCGCCCGAAUAACUCAGAUGACAACACAGAAUCUCCAGUAAAUGAAGAAUUGCCCAUAUACGUUCCGCGAGACGAAGCCCUUGACGAAUCGAAAACUAAAGCAGUAGACGAAGGAAAGUUGAAAGGAUUGGUGAAAAAUGUGAUUCAUAAACUAAGUAAUGUGUCGACGAUGAUGAAGAGUGAUUCUAUCAAGGAUUUUUCAGAAGUAAAUUCUCUGUAUAAAGAAAGGAGUCUCUUGGGAGUACAGACACCAAUAGAAAAUUGGAGAAGGCUUCCAUUGCCAUCUAUUCUCAGCAAGAUCCCUCUCUCCAUAACUGAAAUCUCCAAAUUUGACCCUCCAAAAGGCAUUUCUCGGGCAGCAUCUUGUUGCUUGCGAGAUGAGGAGUUUGGUCGUUUGACGCUUAGAGGUUUAAACCCUUUAAGCAUUGAGAGGCUCAAGGUUUUUCCUCCUGUAAGUAAACUGAAUCCCUCCAUCUAUGGUCCACAAGAAUCUUCGCUCAGAGAAGAGCACAUCGUCGGUUAUCUCAAUGGAAUGACCGUACAGCAGGUAAGAGUUUGCGUCACUGAUCACUCGUUUCUCCUGCUUUUGCUUGCUUUCAGCUAUUGUGUGUUCUUUCCUCUCUUUCAAUCUCCUCUUUUGCUUGUAAAUCCUCGCCAUUUUCAGGCACUAGAAGAGAAAAAGUUGUUCAUUCUGGACUAUCAUGACAUCUACCUUCCAUUUUUGAAUCGAAUAAAUGCUCUUGGUGAACGUAAAGCUCAUGCAACACGUACAAUAUUCUUCCUGAAUCCAUUGGGAACACUGAAACCUAUUGCUAUUGAACUCAGCCUCCCACCGAUGGAUAUGAAUUCACCGUCAAAGCAAGUUGUCACCCCGCCUGUUGAUGACACCAGUUACUGGCUCUGGCAACUAGCCAAAGUCCAUGUUUGCUCCAACGAUGCUGGUGCCCAUCAACUGAUUCAUCACUGGUUGCGAGUUCAUGCAUGCAUGGAGCCAUUUAUUAUAGCUGCACACAGGCAAUUAAGCGUGAUGCACCCAGUUUAUAAGCUUCUCAAGCCUCACAUGAGAGAUACAUUGGCUAUAAAUGCACAGGCUCGUAAAGUUCUGAUUAAUGCAAAAGGUAUCAUAGAGUCUUACUUCUCUCCAGGAAAAUACUGCCUGGAGAUUACUCAAUCUGUAUAUAGAGAUUGGUGGCGAUUCGACUUGGAGGGCCUUCCUGCUGACCUUAUUAGAAGAGGAAUGGCAGAGCCUGACCCAACCCAGAAACAUGGCUUGAGAUUACUUAUCGAAGAUUACCCAUAUGCCAACGAUGGACUUCUUAUAUGGUCAGCUGUUGAGACAUUGGUUAGAACAUAUGUGAACUACUAUUAUCCAGAGGCAAGUUUAGUCCAAUAUGACACGGAGCUUCAAGCCUGCUAUAAUGAGUUCAUCAACGUAGGCCAUGCAGAUGUUUCUCAUGCCGAUUGGUGGCCAAAACUCUCAACUCCAGAGGACCUCGCCUCCUUCCUUACUACCAUUAUAUGGAUUGUAACAGCAGAGCACGCAGCACUAAAUUAUGGGCAAUAUCAUUAUGGAGGAUUCAUCCCACAUAGGCCACCAUACAUGAGAAAGCUGAUGCCCAGUAAAGGCAAUGGUGACUUUCUUGCAGACCCACAAGGACAUUUCUUGUCUUCAUUGCCAAGUCUGUCUGAAACGACAUAUUUCAUGUCUGUGCUUGAUAUACUGUCCACGCAUUCAAUGGAUGAGGAAUAUAUUGGUUAUAGGAAAGAUCUUUCAACAUGGGGAGGUGACCCUGAGAUCAUUGAAGCUUUCUACAAAUUCUCAAUGGAGAUAAAGAAGAUUGAAAAAGAGAUUGAAAGAAGAAACGCUGAUCCGAAACUUAGCAGCCGUUGUGGGCCUGGUGUUGCAGCUUAUGAACUGCUCUUACCAAGCUCAGGUCCUGGGGUUACGGGCAGAGGGGUAACCAACAGUAUAUCAAUGUGAAUAAUGCAACUCAAUAUAGAGUUAGCCAUUGAUUAGGAUGGUCUUCGUAUAUCCAAUGAUUAUAAAAAAUAAUUUUUCUAUAUGUGG